AUGGGUCCUUCACUUCGAGGUCAUACCUCGAUGACUUCAAUGGCACCGCGCCCUCAAACUCGUGACACAGUUCGACCGGCGACUAGAGAACAGGUCGACAAUGCUAUGAUCCCAAGCAGAACUUCAUCUCUUCACUCAAGAAUCACUCAGCCUCUACCCUCGAGUCUUGCCAAAGCUAAUAAUCGACCAACCCCAAAGACUCUUACCCAUGCGUACAUGGUAUGUGGUGUCGGAAGAGAGCCUUCGCAAUGGGUCAAAGCGCCUCCACCAUCACAUGGCAAGAUCCAACACAUGAAAGGGGCUGUCGGACAGUUCUGGCUUCCUGAGAUUUUGGGCAGCAGCCCCAGGCUGGAAACUGACAAUGAGAUCGCCAGGGCUUUGCACAGCGCUAUGAGGGCCUGUUUCCCCCAUGACGUUGAAAUCUGCACUGGCCGAAGUCAACCCCACUGCGUCCACCAUUCUUUCGUCCUACAACAGGACUCCCAACACACCCUUUACGGCAUCGCUCUCAGAGUCUGGUCACGGGCCGAUGAGAAGAGAGCCGAGACCAUCCGUGAUCUACGACGCAAGACUGAACCCGAUUAUCGUGACAUUGCAGACGAAACCUACUGGAUUCCCUACUGCUUGAGUUUCCUCUCAAGAUAUCCUCUGUACAACUUGUUGGGCGACUACUUGCGUGGUAUGUGGAUUCACUGGAACAAGGCCACCAAUCUGUUCCACGCAGAGGAAGUCUCCAGAAUACUGAGCUUUCCGGCACCACGGCUCAAUGACCUGGUUCGAAUCGAUAUGAAGGAUUAUGCCCUUUGUUAUCAGUUCCCGUCUUCGCCAACUGGCUUUCAAAACUUCGCCAUGUGGCCACUGUUCAAUUGCCUGACCAUUCCAAACAUUGUCGGGCUGAUUGAGGCUGCUGUUUCCCCGACUCGUCGACUCAUCUUGACCAGUCACCACCCAGCAAUGCUGACAAUCGCUGCCGAGACCAUCAGAUUCUGUGUUCGAGUUUACGAAUGGAGUGGGUUGUACGUCCCGGUGGUACAUGCUCGCAAUGUUAGUGAGAUGGUCCAGGAACCUGGCCCGUACAUCCUCGGUAUCACAACCGAAUGCAGAUCGCUCUUCCAACCACCCAAAGACGCUCUUUUGGUGGACUUGGACCGAAACCUGGUCAUCACUGAUCACCCACCCAAUAUUCUGACGGCCGGUCAGCGAACAAAGAUGAUUAAUCGUCUUACCCAAGCUCUCAACAGUGACGUCGAGAUAAGUGGUGUACCUCAACAUCUCAAGUCUGCCUACGGUGGUGGAAAGCUAAUACCGGCUGGCCAAAUCAUUGUUCUGCGUGGUGAAGUCGAGAGCAUUCAAGAUCCUUCAUGGUGGAACCAAGAUUCUAUCAUGGCGGUCAUGGACCAUGUCUGCGAAAAGCUUGGUCGCAAUACUGGUGUCAAGGCUUUGUUCGGUGGUGCCACCAAAAAACCACUCAUGACCAAGAUUUCCAUGAGACAUAUGAAUGAGAUUGUUCGUGAACGUAAUCAGUACUCUCGAGAUGCUCUUGAGGCGUGGCAAGAUUUCAUCAACCUGAAAGGUCGCAUGGAUACCGAAUUGGCAAAGGUCGCCAAGCGAAACAACUACUUGGAACAGGAAGUCGAGACGUGGAAGUUGCAAUUCCAGAAGUUCCAAGCCUUCGUCGAAUCCCUCAACAAGGAAUUGGCUGAACUCCGAGUCAAGAUCGAGUCUCACAAGAGAGAAAACCGCAGACUUACAGGUCUCAUUGAUCAACAGAAGGAUGAUGCUGCGCGACUUACUCUCCGGCUCUCCGGUACGGAGAGACAGCGCGACAAUGCUUUGGAGGCACUUGUCCUUCAACAAGGCAUUGCUGAAGAUCUGGAAAAGGAACGCUCUCGCAACCGGAAGGAAAUUGCUGGCAUGCAGCACACUAAUCAAACUCUUCAGCGACAGCGUGAUGAGGCCCAAAGAGUUGUACUACAUCUCCGAUCUCUCAUCACCGGCCAAACACAUCAUAUGGAGCAUAUUGUGCGCUCAAUUGGCUCUGCAUCGGAGUUGGCCGAGUACAUUCAUGAAGGUUAUGAUGACGAGGAAGCCGAGGAGGAAGAUGAAGGCCUCGAUGACAACGAUCGUCAUAAGAAUGUUGCGUCUCGAGCUGCCAAGCGUGCUUCUCGAGCAGGCUCAAUCGAUGGUCAAGAUGUCACUCCUUCCAUGGAGAGCAAACUUCUCGCAACCACCAAGCGAGCCAGUAAACGCUACUCUAACCUCAGCAUGUCUGAUGUUGCAGAUCGCCACCUUCGUGACAAGACCGAUGCAAUUGCUGAUAUCAUUCGCAACAUCAGUGAGCAGUGUGCUGCUGCUGUUGAAGGCCUGCAGCUUGCCAACGAAGCUGCUGAGAUUGAAGACGAGGAGUCCGGUGACAUCGAGGCCGAUGAAACUGGCAUCUCGCCCUCAACAAGCCACACUCGAGAGAACAGUGGCAACCUCUCUCCUGUCGAGGGUCUCACUACUGAUUCACGCCGUGGUACGGGUCAUUUGACCCCUCAGAGUGAACGAAGCUCCAUUCCCCCAACUCCUGAUCUAGUACACCAAAGGUCUAGCACUGCCUUGAGUAUGGCAAGCACCGCACCGACCAACUAUACGGCGCGCGAGUCUCUCAACCACAACACUCGCGGUGAUCGAACCAAGAUCGUUGAGGAUGAUGAUGCCGAACGUGCCCAUGCAAGCGCAAGCACCAAUGGCAAUGCUCUUGGAAAGCACGAGGUGGAGGAAAACCUGAAGCAGCCUCCCUCAACAAGAGGUGCCGUGCUGAGCCGAGUGGUCGAGUCAUAA